CCCCAUCACGUGACACGUGCCGUAAGUCGUUCGUUUGUCAAGAUGGCGGGCGAAAUGAUGUCGGAGUAAGCGCUUACUCAACUCUUAAGAUGCUAUACUCCUAAUUUCCACAACAAGCCCGCCAUCUAUUGAUUUUACCAUAGCGUUCCUAUCGAAGGCUUCCACAUGAGCGCAGAAAAAAGCGACAUUAAGCGAAAAAGCAAGGGUUUAACAUGGGCAGAAGCUUCGAAAAUGGUUUUGGAACGGAGCGACCGUCCUAUGACCCAUAAGGAAAUCUUAAAGGUGAUAAAAGAAGAAAAUCUUCGCGAUGUAAGUAACCCAUCUACUCUGGCCUGCCUAAACGCCAUGUUGCACCAUCAUUCCCGAGGUCCUGAUGCUUUGUUCUACAAAGUAGAUGGUCGUAUGAGCUGCUAUGGCAUGAAGAAACACAAAUUGUUAGAGGAAGGCACAGGUGAGAGCAUUCAGAAGGUGGACAGGUCAUCUGCCUCACCAAGCAAUAGUACUGUAUCCAAUCCACCAUCAUUAUCAUCUGACUCUGAACCCUCUACACCAGCAACAAACGCAUUAUCUCCACCUCAGAGUAUUGACCACCCACCAACACCCAUGGAGGUGGAAACCACCCCAUCACCUACAGUCAUUGAGGUCCCAGAUAUUGCACGAGAGGAGACUCUUAUCUGCGGGUCACCAACUGAGAAGGAGGUUGUAUUCCAACCAAAAGUUGCCCAGAAUCUUAUUCCACCCCAACCAAGAAAGGCAGCUAAUAGCAGGUCUAAGGUAGGGGCCAGUAAGCGGAGUCAAAAAGCUAGACCUAGAGGGGGGCAGUCCGCCAAAAAACCACGCCUUAGCAGUACCCGGCCAAGACCUGUAGCUAAAAAUGUCCUGAAGAAUUUGAAAGUUGGACAUUCAAGCCCUGCUGCAGAUAGCAAGACAGUAAAGGUAAAGAAGCCGGUCCAGCCACCCCCUUCAGCAGGAAGCAGCCAUGUCGAUGAAGACAUGCAUUCCCACACCACUCCCCAGAUUGCUGCUGCCAGGAACAUGGUCAAGUUCUCAGGGCUAGUCACCAAGAAGCAACGAAGAUACAAGAAGAUGGGAGUAGCUGACCAAAUUAAGAGAACAAAGGAGGGAAGAGUUGAUCUUCAGUCCCCAGAAUCUAUCCUAGCAAGCGUCCCUCUUAGGAGUCUCCUGAAUCAUCGCACCUUCACCAUGUUGCCGCCUGCCUAUCAAUACCAGCUACUACUGCUACUGCCAAAGUGUGACCGGAUUGUUGGACAGGACAAUGGACUAAGACCAUCUAUUACAGCAUUUACGAAUGAGUUUUUCACUAGUAACUGCCAGAUGUGGAGAGAGCGUCUGCGAGACGGUGAAUUCACACCAGAGAUGCAACAAAGACUAAAGAUUGAAGAAGAAAAACAAAUAAAACUAGAUCCUUGGAAAGCUAAGUAUUUUGAACCAAUCUGGGGACAGAAGAACUUGUCUCCGCUUGACGCUAUGAUGCCGCCCCAGUUUCUCUCUCCAAAUGGGACCUUUACUGGGUUAUUUCCCGACAACUUGACAUUGCCUUGGAAACCAGCCGAUCCAAACGAGAUUGACACAACAGCUACGAAAGCUGAAGCUCUCGUCUCUCCCGGCAAGGCUACGAAGCGCGUGCGCAAUAAUCUGACACAGCCGCUGACCGUACCGGUGCACAAACUGCCUUCUCAGGUCGCGAAAGGAAGGUAUAGCGGCACAAAAGCGGUGAGGGUGUCAGCCUCAAGGAAAUCUGACGCCGCUAAAAGACUGGAAAAAGCCAACGCGGUGAGUAUUGUACUGACCAAAACCCAAGCAAUAGAGGCGUUGACAGCGAUCAGGACCACAGAACCCACUGAUAUGGUGACAGCAGAAGCCUUCCUCACCAGAAAACGAGCCGUCAGGGAACCAGCCAUUCAGGUACAGAGCAGGGCGUCAGCCUUAAACCAAAGGAAAACCACAACGUGUACCGAAACCUCCAAAACAGAGGCUAAUAAUCCAGCCAUGUCGUCGAACUCUUUGAGCGAGUCCCAGGCCUCGGUGGCGAGCAGAGCAGUGGCCAACCCACUGCCGCCGACAAAAUCAAGAAAGGAGCUGUCCAAAACCUCGGUCAGUAAGUCAAUCUCGAGUCUGAUGGGCUCCUCGAGCAUGGCAACAAUUGUAACCAAGAAUUUCAAGGGAACUAUUCCUAAGAACUGCGUCUGUCGUAUGAAGGCGAUGAAGGUAUGUCGAAUGUGCGGCGCCUUUUGUCACGAUGACUGCAUUACAGCGGCACACCUCUGUUCGACAUGCGUAAACUGACCAUGCGAUCACGUGACUCUGAGGGACUCCAUAAACCACCCGAACACUGCAAGGAGCUAUAGAUAACCGUCAGGUUUCCGUAGUGACAAGUGUACGGUCGUCAUGUUGGAACACUCUUGGAGUUGAAUAGUUUAUUUGCACAGACAUGCCAGUAUACUGCUUCAGAACUUGCUCACGAGAAGAGAUCAAAAUAUUCUUCUAAAAAUGUUAUAAGAAAAUAUUCUGACCAUCUUUGUCAGCGGCAAAAAGUUUCUCAUGGUGUGGACCUUUAUAAGCAGGCCAGGACCCGGUUCCUAGAAACCCAAUGAAAUUGCUGUCUAUAUCACAUGAUGAUUUUCUAGGAACUGGCCCCAAAUUUCUUCCUUAUUGUAAAUGCGAAAAUAUUACUUUUGUUAACACGAACUGUGGCCAGAAUAAAAAAACUAACGGGAUGAUACUUAGGGAAAUCGAAAUUGACUUUUAGCUCCCUAGAGGCUACCAAUUGUCAUUCACUUCUACUUGAAGAGCUCAAAAUGUUUUUCGAGUUAGCGUGGUUCCAUUAUAGAAUGUAAUCUUCGUCCUCAUGGAUGAAUUACUAAAAUUCACAGUUAGUGGGACAGAUAUCACAUCUGUGUUAACCCCACCCCCAUCCCAGCACCUUUUGUAGGCUCUAAAUGAGCUUUUGUGAGCCCUGACCGACGAAGGGGACUACUUCGUUUAACAGCAAGGCUGAUUUAUAACUGAUAAUAGCCUUUUUGUUGAAAUUUCUCGAGUACACUGUUAGCGUGGUUUACUUGCGGGUUGACAUAACGCUUGUGAAAUAGGAGAUUAUUAGUUAUAGUGUAAUAUAUUGUUAUCAAUCGUUGGAAUAUUUCAAGGAUAAUUUUUGUAAUACGAAAAUAUUCCGACUGAAUGUACAUAUGAAAUAUGUCUAUUAAAGGACAUUGAAUAUGA